ACUUCCUUGCUAAGUAGGGAUUGGCAAAGCAAAAGUCUUUCUGUGAUCGUCUUUGAGAAGUUCAGUUUCCAGCUUAACAGUUAAAAUAAAAAGGGUUAACCUUUGCACUGCUUCUCAUCUGUUCUUUUGCUUUACUUCUUCUGUUCUUAUGAAGAAGCCUUGAAAACAAAACCAAAUUCUCAGUGAGACUCUCACUUUUAAGUGUGUCUUAGGUUAGAUUGCCCAGGUUAGUCAACUGGGUUUUCUUUGUUUUUGCCUAAACUUCCCAAAUUUCUUCACUUUUCAUAUCAAAUUUUCUGUGGUUUUCCAUAAAAGGUGGAUCUCUGCUACCAUCAAUAUCAAUUAGUGAUGAGUGCAAGUUGGAAAGAUGGUUGGGAUGACGAAUGCUCUGUCAUAGGUGAUAAGGGAGAGAUCGGAUUCAUUGAUUUUGCUGAUGAUAAGUCUGUGCAAAGUUAUGGCCUAGAUGAAAAGGGACCGGUUAUUAUCUCAGUUCCAUUUCCUUUCACUCAGAAGCCUCAAUCCAUUCUUGUUGGACAAACUUCCAAGUGGCCAAUUACAUUAGAGAACACCACCAGUGAGCCAGUAGAACUCUGGGGAGUGAGGAUAUUCUGCUCAAAUCCAGCAGAUUCCUUUACUUUGUCUCUAAUGGAACCACAUUCAGCGAAUUCAAACUUGGAACGUCAGCAAGGGUUCUUAGAGGGAUCCUCUCUUGAGGAUAGAGUACUCCAACCGCAUCAGAUUCUUACCAUUUGGCUGUCUUGCAAACCAAAGGAGAUGGGUUUGCACACAACUGUGGUACAUUUUGACGUAGAUGAUAAUAGGAUUGAACGUGUGGUCUUUCUGUUGGCUGAAGAUAAUGUCUCCCAGUCUCUGGCUUCCGCCAUACCAUAUAGAAGAGCUCCAAGAAGAAAGCAAUUUGCCGUUGAUGAGUAUGUGGUUUCCUCUCGCCCUGCUAGACCAACAUCCCGAGGAUAUAAAUCUGGAUAUAAAUCUAAGCUUUCGGAAUAUCCAAUCCCAAAAAAUAUCAGGGAGAUAAUAGAGAAUAAGCAUGUGCCUGAUGUCAUUGCAGAAGGUUUGACAAAGGAGAAUUAUGCUGCUUUCUUCAGUACAUUGCUCGUAAUGGAAGAGCUGCAUUUAGAGGAAGAAAUGAGGUCUCAUAGCAUGGAAUGUGUCAUGAUGAGGAGGAAAGGGCCACAGUUUGUUGCUCUUGAGGUGCCUGGGCUAGCUGAGAGGAGGCCUUCACUUGUACAUGGGGAUUAUAUAUUUGCGAAGAUUGCCUCUGACAAUUCAGAUCAUUCUGUGUAUCAGGGAUACAUCUAUCGCGUUGAGGCUGAUGAAGUCCUCUUGAAAUUUGCAGACAAAUUUCACAACAUUCACCGGGAUGGGAACUUAUACGAUGUUCAAUUUACAUAUAACAGGGUGAACAUGAGGAGGUUGUAUCAGGCUGUAGAAGCAGCAGAGACUUUACAGGACAAUAUUCUCUUUCCAUCUCAAUCAACCAAAAGGACAUUGGUUAAAACAGCCCCAUUUGUACCUUGUACCUGUAGUCUGAAUGUGGAGCAGAUGCAUUCUGUUGAGAUGAUACUUGCUUGCAAAGGAGCUCCUCCAUAUGUGAUUCAUGGCCCCCCUGGCACUGGUAAAACCAUGACUUUGGUGGAAGUUAUUCUACAAAUAUAUACAAGAAGAAAAAAUAGUCGGAUUCUUGUAUGUGCUGCUUCAAAUAGUGCUGCAGAUCACAUAUUAGAAAGACUUAUCUGUAACAAGACUGUGGAAGUUAAGGAGAGUGAAAUAUUUAGGCUAAAUGCUACUAGCCGUGCCUAUGAGGAUGUUCCUCCUGAUUAUAUUCGCUUCUGCUACUUUGAGGCAUCACUUUUUAAAUGUCCUCCACAGGAAGCCCUCAAGCGCUAUAGAAUUAUCAUAUCAACUUAUAUGAGUUCAUCUCUACUUUACACAGAAGGUGUGAGUCGUGGUCAUUUCUCCCACAUUUUCCUUGAUGAGGCAGGGCAAGCUUCAGAACCAGAAAGCAUGAUUCCUAUAGCCAACCUUUGCCGAAAGGAAACUGUUGUUGUCCUUGCUGGAGAUCCAAAGCAGCUUGGUCCUGUUAUAUUUUCGAAAGAUGCAGAGGCUUUUGGAUUGGGGAAACCUUAUCUUGAAAGGCUUUUUGAGUGUGAAUCCUACUACAAUGAAGAUGAUAACUUUGUAACAAAGUUAGUGAGGAACUAUCGUUGUCAUCCAGCAAUUCUAGAUCUCCCUUCAAGGCUUUUCUAUAAAGGGGAGUUGAUUGCAUGUAAAGAGGAUGGUUCUUUCUCAAUAACUUCUAAGGUGGAUCUCUUUCCAAAUAAAGACUUUCCUGUUCUCUUCUUUGGCAUUCAAGGCUGUGAUGAGAGAGAAGGCAAUAAUCCAUCAUGGUUCAAUCGAAUUGAAGUAAGCAAGGUCAUUGACAUCAUCAAUAAGUUAAGAGCAAGUACUGAUCUAAAUGAGGCAGAUAUUGGAGUAAUAACACCUUACAGACAGCAGGUCCUCAAGAUCAAGACAGUACUUGAAACCUGGGCCUUGCUAGAUGUAAAGGUUGGCAGUGUCGAACAAUUUCAGGGUCAAGAGAGAGAGGUUAUUAUUGUAUCUACAGUAAGGUCAACAGUCAAACAUAAUGAGUUUGACAGAACUCACUGUCUUGGAUUUCUCAGCAAUCCAAAAAGGUUUAAUGUUGCGAUUACUCGGGCCAGGUCUUUGCUCAUCAUUGUUGGAAAUCCACACAUUGUCUGCAAGGACCCUUAUUGGGAGAAGCUCUUGUGGCAUUGUUCUGAAAACAGCUCCUACCAGGGCUGCCCUCCACCCGAAAGGCAGAACCAUGAGUAUGGAGAAUCCUAUUCUGGGACUGGCUUAAAUAAUGAAGCAGAAGAUCCCUGCUCCAAAGUACAGGCAUGGAAUUGUAAUUUUGAAGCGGAAGCUGUUCCCAAAAUUCGAAAGCCUGUUACUGAAGAAGCUGAGGGAUCAGAUCGUUGGAAGGAAUAGUUAUAACAUAAAACAAGCUUUUCAGCUAUCUUAGAACAAGUAAUACAUUAGAUUUUGCCCUCCACUAGGGCAUUUCAUGAAAUAGUUGUACCUAGUUGUGGCAUUGAUCUCAACUCUUGAAGUAAUCCUGACCAGCAAAAUGUCUCAGACCUUUUGCUGAAAUUCAGAUAGAAAUAGGCCAAAAUGAUGAAUCCAUGUUUGCUGUUACUUAUAUAUUCUUACCAGCAUUCUCUACUCAAUCUCAAAUUCACAUAUUGACAAUGUGAACAGGUCCCUUUGUCAAAGAUUAGAAACCGCCAAAUAUGGCGAGCAAGUCAAAAUCACAUACUAUUUUUAGACAACUUCCCCCUAAAUUUGAACAAGCAGCUAACAGAACCAUGCCCCCAUCUCUUUUCCCUUUAUAAACUCAACCCAUUUGCACAAUUUCUGCAAGACUUUCAUUGGCAUUGGAGAAUUUGCACCAUCUUUCACGCAUCAAAAGCAAAACAAAAACAAAGGGUGUUGAGGAAAGAUGGCAAAAAAUUCUCUGAUGAAGGUGGUAUUGUGCUGAUGCAUGUAUUAACAAUCAUUCAAGUGGCAGAGUCGAUGCCGUUUAGAUUUGCAAGCAUGACUGCUUAGAAGCACGAGGAUGUACUAAUCCCCUGCUUGUGUGUGUGUGAAUUUAAUUGCGAGAUCUUUUGCGGACCAAUGACAGGAGGUGAAAGCUUCCCACUCGCGAAGAAUGAAGAUGCGUUGAAUGCAGCAGCAGCACAAAGCCAACUUACUAAUGCAAUGAAGCCUUCCAACAAUUGAUUGCAACAAGGGGCAACCAUUGCUCCUUCCUAGAAUUGCAUUUAGCCGGUGAUGGAGUCAAUAGGAGCUACUUGGAGAAUUACAAUUGUAACAUUUUUUUUUCCAAAUAAAAGAAUAUUUUUUAA